AUGUGUGGGAAGGAUUCAUCACAUGACUACAGUACACUUGUAACCGCCCUUUCACGAACAAUGGUUUUCAAGCAGGACUCACACCCACGUUACGAGGGUCCUGUAGCACUGAAAGUGGCAGCAAAAUCGGGGUCAGAUGAUCGAGGUAUGCACCCGUCACUACACGAAGCGGGUGUCUACAAGCUGAUAUGCCCACAUCCUUCUAUUCCUGAUUACGUUGAUUGCGUGGAAGAUUGGUUCGACACGGAGCGCUUUCUAGCUGAGGAGGAGCGCCGUGGGGAGCAGCGUUUGCCUGUUCUCGUCACACAGUUUAUCAAGGCAGUUGCACUUGACCGCUUUCUUUGUUCUGUACGCGUAAUUCGGUGGUCCGUGGUCAUUCACAUCGCUAACCAGCUCGUUGAGGUACUUAAGCACAUAAACAGCAAGGGCGUUGUAUAUCGUGACCUCAAGCUACCCAACGUAAUAAUUGGAGCAGGGGGUAACGUAUGGCUCGUGGACUACGCGAGUUCAAUGAUUGUUGGGGGUGAAGAACCAUCAAGUGGUGUAACGUCUCACAUGCGUCCGCCAGAAUCGUUCGAGUUCCCGGAUCACCAAAGUGGGGAACAAAUAUCGCAAGCUCAGCUCUCUUUCAUGGCGGACUUUUGGGUGUUCGGCGCGUUUCUACUGGAAAUACUCUCUGGUCGUCCAUACCUUGGGUCCUUCGACGUGCGGAGUAGUCAUCUAACGCAGAGUCAACUGGAGGAAAAGGUGUUGGAAGGUGUUUCCGUGAUUAAGGAUCGUUACAAGGGUGCAUACUACAACAGACGGUUUAAUAAGAGUUUUCCAUGCAACGCAAAGACUUUAUGGGAUGCGCUUACGGGGUUGCUUAUUAAAUUGCUGCGGCGUAAUCCGAAGGAGAGGUUAGGCCAUGAUGGCGGUUGGUAUGCCGUCAAGCAGCAACCAUUCUUCAAAUAUACUCUCUGUGACCUCACCGUACCGUUUCCAUUGGAUUAUGAAGAUGAAAUUGAAGAGCUUAUGGCCGGUUUUUAG